AUCGCCGAGCUAACUUCCGAGAUCGGUGUUAGUCAUUUCAUAAUUUUUGUCAGACAUAGUUCUAGAUAGGUUCCCUAUAUGACCACCCACGGUAAACUCGCAAUUUCCUUAAGUGAUGCGCGCUCACGAUGCGUAGCUGCGUUUGUGUGCAUGAGUGUGAAAUUGCGACCGCAACCUGCUUCCUCCCUAGAGAAAGUUAGCUUGACUGAGUGCACGCAGCAGGGCAUUCUGAUACCCUGAUGCUUCGCACAGACGUUGGACGAAGCGAAACGGUUUAAAGAAAAGGGGAUUUGAAUUAGCCAUCGGAGGACGGAUCCGCUGGCCGUUGAGUGGGUGAGGGAGGGAGAUUGUUUUCUAUCUUAACAACACUGGAGGGGAGGGGGAGGGACGGAGAAUGAGUUCAGCGUGUAGAGAGGCUGCUGUGUGCGAUAGCCAGGACCCAUCUUGCGCCGGCGCUAAGUCGUGUGCUACUAAUGAUAUUAGCGUCAGGAGCAUCGGAAACUCCUACACCUGCAGCGACAGCCAGUCGAACCAGAACCCCAAACCAACAACAGCAAUGAAAGUCAAAACAGGUAGCAACUCCACGGACGUGGGGGUCAUCGUUACCACUGAGGACGAACUGCUCAGGAACCCCGUAAUUACUCCAGAAGACGUGCUUGGAUUGCAGAAUAUCACCGAAAAUUACCUGUGCACUCCGGGGGAGAACAUCCACAGCAUCGACUUCACCCGCUUCAGGAUUCGGGACAUGGAGACGGGCGCCAUACUGUUCGAGAUCGCCAAACCCCCCGUCAACGAGAGUGCGGGAGAUAAGCGGGACUUCGACCCCAACGCAGGCCGCUUCGUCCGCUAUCAGUUCAGCCCCGCCUUCCUUCAGCUGCGACGUGUGGGAGUCUACGUGGAGUUCACGGUUGGCGACCUGCCCAUCAAUAACUUCCGUAUGAUCGAGCGGCACUACUUCCGCGAGCAGCUGCUGAAGAGCUUCGACUUCGAGUUCGGCUUCUGCAUCCCCAGCAGCAAGAACACCUGCGAGCACAUCUACGAGUUCCCCCCGCUCGCCGAGGAGACCAUGCGCGAGAUGAUCCUGCACCCUUACGAGACGCGGUCGGACAGCUUCUACUUUGUGGACAACAAGCUGGUGAUGCACAACAAGGCCGACUACUCCUACAGCGGGGGGGUGUAGAGCCUGGGCCCACAGCCACGGACAGACAGACGGACGGACGAGCGGACCUACGGCGGGAUACUGGAGGACACACACACACACAUACACACACACACACACACACACACACACACACACAGAAACACACGUACACAAACACAUACACACGAAGAAACGCACAUACAGACACAGAAAUGCACAUACACACACACACACACACAGAAAUGCACAUAUAUAUACACACACACAGAAAUGCACAUACACACACACACACACACACACACAGAAAUGCACAUAUAUAUACACACACACACACACACAGAAAUGCGCUUAUACACACACACACACACACACAAACACAUUAUACACCAUACACACACAGAAAUGCGCUUAUACACACACACACACACACAAACACACACUCAGAAACGCGCUUAUACACACAUACACACGCAGAAAUGCACAUACACACACACACACACACACACACACACUGAAAUGCACUUGUACACACAUACACACACAGAAAUGCACAUACACACACACAUACACACACAUAUAUACACACACACAGAAAUGCACUUGUGCACGCAUGCACACACAGAAAUGCACUUGUACACACAUGCACACACAGAAAUGCACUUGUGCACGCAUGCACACACAGAAAUGCACUUGUGCACACUCAGGUGUGAACACACACAUGCCCACAGAACCUCUCUGAACACGUCCACGUGCAGCGGCAGACAGGCUGUCCUUAGAGAGAACCGUUGGGCACAAGUGGCAUUGUGCACAAACCCUGUUCUCUUUUCUCUGGCCAAGGAAAGGGGAUCUUGUUAAAGAGGCAACUGGAGGGUAGCCAUGCCUGUUCAUAAUCCUUCUAGAACAUUCCACGGAGCAGGAUAUUCAGUGAAUGCAAAUGUCCCCUCCAGUGUACACAUUCCUGUUUUAAGCGGUUUUGUCCACAAAGCCCUGUUUGGCUUACUGAUGUAUGGGUGAAUGUACAGUAUGUGUCUGUUAUAUCUAAAGAGGGAUGGGAGAGAAGACAUGGCACUUGUAAUGUCUUUAACGGGGAAAAGCAAGACAUCAGAUUGUAUUUGCUUGAUGGUUGUGUCCUCAAUUUUUUUACUUCUCAAAAUAAGUGUUUUAGGUAUAAAUGUUUCUAACAGAUCUUAUGCCCUAAUUUACGUUCCAGUAAUGAGUUAUUAGUUAUUAAGUUUCUGAGUUUGAGUAGGAAUUAUUUUUCCACGUUAUGAGCUUGCUUUUGAAGGGCUGAAAUUUCUGUAAUGUAGUUUGUUUGGAAUGAAGAACAUGUUACUGAUUUUGGAAGUGUUUAGACAAAGACUAUGCUUAGACAGAGACUUUAGUCAAAACAGCUUCAUUUGUAAAAAAAAAUGUCAUUACUUUAAAAUUAUUUUUUAAGAAUAUGUCAAAGUUUUGGACUGUUGAAAUACCUACCAGGAAAAGAAAUAAAAUAUAUCUUUAUUUUUUCCAAA